CGGUCAUGUGGUCAGCUGUGUCCAAUCACAGCUGAUCGCACUGAUCAUCAGGGCACUGAUGAUCAGUGUGCUCUGAUGAUCAGUGUAGCCCCAGCAGUGACACCUGUCAGUGUCCAUCAUAAGUGUCACAUAUCAGUGCCUACCAGUGCCCACCUGAGCUGCCUUUCAGUGUCACCUAUCAGUGCCAGUCAGUGCCGCCUAUCAGUGCCCGUCAGUGCUGCCUAUCAGUGCUGCCUAACAGUG